GUCCUCCCGACCUCCAUGAGGAGAGCAACGACCUCAAUCCUCCGGAGCAGUCUUCGACGGCGACGGUACCUCCAUGACUUUUCCAGCGACAAUGCCAACCCUCCAGUGCAAAUUACAACUUUACCAAACAAAGUACGCGUAGCGACAGAGUCGACGCCGGGCCACUUCUCUUCGGUCGGGUUGUAUGCCGACGCCGGCUCACGUUAUGAGACUCCGUCGACCUCGGGAAUAAGCCAUUUCCUCGACAGGAUGGCUUUUAAGACAACCACCAAACGCUCGGAUGAGGAGAUGGCGAACGCGAUUGACAAGCUUGGAGGACAGAUCCUCUGCUCUUCAUCAAGAGAAUGUAUCAUGUACCAGUCAUCUCAUUUCCACCAAGCUACACCUCUAGCUCUGUCCCUCAUCGCAGACACCGUCCUUAACGCGUCUUUCCUCCCCGAUGAGCUCGCCGCUCAGCGAGAGGCAGCGCGCUACGAGAUUCGGGAAGUGAGCUCGAAACCCGAAAUGAUAUUGCCGGAGAUAUUGCAUGAGGUUGCUUACGACGGCAAGACACUUGGGAAUCCUCUGCUAUGUCCGGAGGACCGGAUCGACCUCAUCGACGAGCCGACAAUGAGAGCUUUCAUGAAGCAGUGGUACAGGCCGGAGCGCAUUGUCAUUGCGGGGGCGGGCAUGCAGCAUGAAGAGCUGGUGGAGUUGGCGGACAAGCAUUUCUCAUCAAUGCAGUACGUCCCGGCACCCGUUCCUCAGCCAUCGGUUACGUCGUCUCGUUCGACAACGAAUGCUCCGCAGGUGCCUUCACAGCUACUACCUUCUUCACAUCCAUCAUUAUACAAGUCGCUCACACGUGCGGCCUCGUCGUACCUUUAUCCAAUGUCAUCCGUCACUGGCCAGGAUCCUGCGAAGCAUGCUCCGUCAUUACCAUCGACAGCGGCCUACACCGGCGGGUACCGAUUCAUCCACAACCCCACAUCCGAAUUCAACCAUGUCUACCUUGCAUUCGAAGGCGUCGGCAUCCAUGACGAUGACGUGUAUGCGCUCGCUACGAUGCAGGUUCUCUUAGGAGGUGGCGGUAGCUUCUCAGCAGGUGGACCGGGCAAGGGCAUGUACUCCCGAUUGUACACCCACAUCCUUAACCAUUACCCGCAGAUCGACCAUUGCGCGUCAUUCCACCAUAUCUACACCGACUCGUCCUUGUUCGGGCUCUUCGCUUCGUUUAUCCCCGCAGCAGGUCGAGGCCAGGGAAACACGCCAUCACAGAUCCUACCGCAUCUCGUCCACCAGCUCAGCCUGCUGCUUUACACCCCGGUAAGCAGUGUCGAGCUCAACCGCGCCAAAAACCAGCUCGAGAGCAGCCUUAUGAUGGCGCUUGAGAGUCGUGCUGUCGAGGUAGAGGACCUAGGAAGGCAGGUGCUCGUGCACAACCGCAAGGUCCCUGUGACAGAGAUGUGCGCCAAGAUUGACGCGGUGACACCUGAGUCGCUCCGUGCUGUCGCUGCGCGUAUCUUCAGUCCAGAGAUGGCCAAAAAGGCAACGAUUGUGUGCAUGGGCCGAGAGAACUUAGGUGACUGGAGUGCUACGCUGAAGAAGUAUGGGGUGGGUGGAUACUGA